GAAACUGAAACAGGAGAUGGUAAAACAGGCUAUCCAUAAUUCACAACAACUGGAUAGACUGAUGGAAAUGCCUGUGACAGUUCAAAUGAGAAAUAAGAUCAUAAAAACUGCCUCCCCCUCCCCUCCACCCCUCUCCCAUCCCCCUCCCGCAUAUAAGCAGGUAAUAAAUCAAACCGGAAACACAUUGCAAUUGGUUACUGAAGCCAUUAUACAAUUAGGAGAAUUGGGAGACUGGGCACAUCCAGACCAUCUGGGACACCAAAGGAUGGAAAUAUUGAAAACAGG